AUGGGUCACGGAUGCCCAGUCUCUGCAAACCGGCCAAAGGUUCGGGAGAGGGAGACAGUGUUGUAUGGAAUGCUCCGUGAGGAACCAGAAAACCUGAGCAACAUUGCAGGGAUGGGGAUGGUAGAGGAAAGACCAAAGCGAGAGCAAGGCAAAGGCUUCUGGCUUCAUUUUAUGGCACUCCAGGUGCAUCAACACGGGAGGGUAUGUGGGCAUCAUGCGGUCCGCACAACUAUUUCAUUUAGAAAUGAAGCUUCAGCCGUCGAUUCAAGGUUGCUUGUUGCUCCGGCAUAUUUGACAAAUCAAGCCGCCUUCCGCAUGUUGUUGGCACUAUAG